AUGACAACAACCUAUACUGUACCUGCCGAGGAAAAGUACCCGACGGUUUUCCAUCGGGAGAUUCUGCUCGAGCAGCGUGAUCCUUAUACUUUGACGCCUGCAGUCCCCACUCAGAGUGCCCUGUUGUUGAACGGUGUGGGUGAGCAAUAUACCCUGGUGACCGAUCAUGCCAUACCAACCAUCACCAAGCGGGAGGAGAUCUUAGUCAAGAUCCAAGCCGUCGGUCUAAACCCCGUCGACUGGAAAGGCCCAGCAUACAACUUUGGCAUCCCCAGUCUCCCAUGGAUCAACGGUCGCGAUCUGGCGGGUGUGGUGGUACAAGUGAAUGAGAACAGUCGGGUGCGGGUGGGCGACAGGGUGCUCGUGCCCUCGACAGACUACCGGGAUAUUCGGAAAGCAGCGUUUCAGGAGUAUGCUGUUGCUACGCACUUUAAUGCGGCACGGAUUCCGUCAGGGUCGGGCGUGCAUGCAUCGGCAUCGUUGGGCGUUGCAUUCGUGGCAUCCGUUCUAGCGUUGGGAGUAUCGCUUGGGUUAGAUUUUACGGGCACUCGCUGCCCAGGGCCAAACCUCCAGGAUACAGUCGGUCAGCUGGAUAUCGAAGGAAUCCCGCAGGAUAUUCGAGGAGAGUGUUUCGCAUCGUCUGAACAGCGGGAACGUCUGAAGCAUGGAGACUGGAUUGCCAUCUGGGGAGCAUCAACGACAACCGGAUACAUCACUCUCCAACUUGCCAAGCUGGCAGGGUUACAUGUCAUCUGUGUAGCGGAUAUAGCCCGGCACGGGUCACGACUCCACCAACUCGGGGCGGAUGUUCUCGUUGAUCGACAGAAUACUGAGCGCGCGGUGGAUAUUAUUCGAGGUGUCACGGGGGGGAAGUUACGGUAUGCCGUGGAUAUUGUGGGGGCAGAGACAGCGGGGUUAUUAGAGCGGACGUUGGAUGAUUCGCUCUAUGAGGAUGGCUCUCAUGCUCAUUUACUGGGGUUGACUGGGCUGCCGAAGGAAAGGAAACCAGGUGUGGUAUAUCACACUGUUCCGAUCAAGUUGUUUCAUACGUCGCCGGUGGUGGGUGAACAGAUGGUCUCCUGGUUAGAGGGAUUGCUGGAGACGGGCACAUUGCAAUUACCGGAGAUUGUUCGUCAUGAGGGGGGAUUGGGGAGUAUUAAUGAUUCGUUGGAGGUGUUGCGAAAGGGGAGUGUGUCGGGGAAGAGAAUUGUGGUUGAUUUGGGGGAUUAGAUGUACAUGCAUGAUUUGUAUAGAGGAAUCGUGCUUUAUUGCAGUGGAAGAUUCAAGGGAGCCCAUCUACCAUAAUUAGGGCAUCCACCCACCCCAUCCUCACCUAAACCAUCAUCAACACAUCACCAUCA